AUUAACACAAGGGUUUUAGUCCAAACACAACGCAGAGACUCGCACACACCACCAACAAUGGCUUCUCUCCGACUCCCUUCUUUGAAGAAAUCCGGCGGCGACGACGGCGGGAUCCUAUCUCGUCUAUCCGAUUACCCGAUCGUGAAGAAGGGGAAGAGCACCGCCUGCGAUGCGGCGUACGUGGCCAAGCGCCUCCUGAAGAGCACCGGCAAGGCGGCCUGGAUCGCCGCCACCACCUUCAUCGUGCUUGGUAUUCCGCUCAUCAUUGAAAUGGAUCGGGAAGCACAGUUCAACGAAGUCGAGCUGCAGCAAGCCUCUCUCCUCGGCGGCGCCGCUCCCGCCCACCCAGGCUACAUGUAAUGAUGUUUUGAUCCGUUAAUUUUUUUUAUGAUUCUGAUAUGGUUUGCCCGGCUAAUUGACGAUCGAUUCCAAUUUUUUUAGUUUUUUACAUUUUCCUAAAUUUUUAGGGUUCAGUAUGAGAUUUGAAUUCAGUGAUGAUCUGAGUUGUUGCUAUUAGGUUUUGUUUGAACAAUUAAUUCCUAUUAUUGAGUUACUUUUGCGUGAUCUAGAUUUGCUUCACAGCCUUUUGAUUAUUUGUUUGUUAGUUGAAGUAAUAUUUUUC